AUGGUCUUCCAACUUUUGUUGCUGUCCAUCAUUGUGGAGACGGAUUCGUUUCUGGUUCCCACGACAAGCACGACAUGGGCCAGACGACGGGGAACAUGCAGUAGUGUCAGGAAUCCUCUACGCCAUGGCAUAGACCGUCGGGCUGGAAGUUCGCCUCUUGUAGCAUCUGCUACUCGAGAACCUGAGCUUCCCUUUCUGCGACUGAACUUUGUAGGAAACCAUAGAGCAGUCCUGCAAAGUGCUCGCUAUGAGCUUGAGAGUUCUGAGAAUGGUAAGAACAAGGUGGUGCUGGAGCCUGUGCUGCACAUGGCGGAUGAUUCCUUCUACAAGAACAUUCAAGAGAGGCUGCAGAAGUUCGACAUGGUCCUUCUUGAACUCGUAGCCAGCAAGGAAGACUGUGAUGAGGGGCAGGACGGCUUCCGAAGGCUCAACAAGAGGCCGUCGUCAAACACGUCUCAGAGGCAGCUGGCUAGCAACCUUGGCCUUGUGCAUCAGCUAGAGGUGCUUGACAUGCGCACUUCGGACAAAUGGAUCAUCGCUGAUCUUGACCAGGAGACCAUGUCGAUCCUGCACAAAGCAACGUUCAAGGAAUUGGAGAGCAGGUUUCUUCAAGGGAUACAGGGCACAAUCUUCGUUCAGGCGGCUAAGAAUGCGGCCCGCGAUGCUCUCAGCUCGUGGUAUGUGAAGGGAGGAAAGGAAGAGUUCCAACCCGAAUCAGAGACUCUGCGCGAAUUCCUUGAGUUCUUCAGGCUCGCCGCCUUCUUGCUGCCCUGCCCCGAGCUCGUCCGGCUGCUCGUCGACUGGACCUGGCUCAACUCGGGAUCGCUCUCGCUGGGCACUCUGGCGCACGUGCUGGAACUUGCUCUGUCUGGCAAGUUCAUCGAGUCCAGGAAGCUGUCCUUCGCCCAACGCAUCGCAAACUCCCAGCAGAACCACGACACUGGGGUUUAUGAAGUGAUGAUCAAUUGCAGGAAUCAAGCUGCUCUCGACUGUCUCGACCGCGUGCACAGCAGUGGGCACUCUAACGCCGCUCUUGUGUUUGGUCCGUUGCACAUGCCAGACAUGCUGAAUGGUCUGAUGGCGAAAAACUUCUCUCUGCUCACAGAAGCUGUGUGGCACGAUGCCUGGACUGUCGAGUUGCCAGCAAACAAGAUCAGAACGGCCUUGUUCUUGAUGGUUUUUUCACUCUCUGGGUUUUUAGACUUCCACGAUGUUUGGACAUCUUGCCUCUCAAGAUUUGAUUGCUAUCUCUAUGGCUCCAACGAAGUUGUCUUAUCCGCCUGGCCAGGCACCGAUCUGCUGAUCCCGACCAGAGAGUAUUUGCAGUGCCCACAGGGAAACUUGAGUUUGCUCGCCUUUCGUGAUUUCGCGCUGUACUUACUACGACACGUGAUCCUGUACUGGAUGCUUUCAAGUUCUUUGAUGGCUUGA